UGAUUCUGCGGUCUCAGUUUUAGAGAAAGAGAGAGACAGAGGAGUUUAGAGAGAGAGGAGAGUUGGCAAGACGUGCACAAGAAUGGAAAAAGGAGACUUUGGCUGAAGGUGCCAUUAAUGAUUAUGGGCUUCCUUUUGUCUGAUGGAACAUAAAAGACUGUUAGAGUGGGAUCGUAGGUGGUCCAGCACCUCUAAGUCUCUCUCUCUAGAUCAUCUAUCUGUAACAAUGUACUUGAGUUUUGAAGGGGCAGCGCUUCGAUUUUAAGCAAACCUCUCUCUCUCUAGAUUCAAAACUCUGCUACAUUCUUGAUUUGAGCUCAUCAUCAUCAUCUCAGAGUCUCAGACAACAAUAAGAACAAGGCAUUAUGAGCGUUUCUCACUCUUCCUGCACCACCUUCCUCGCGCUCCUCUUGAUCUUUACCAUCAACUUGCACUCAGGUGCCUCAGUAACAUCUCGCCAUGCGAAAGAGGAGGACGAUCCAGGGACUCAAUCAAAGAAUAGAAAGCUCGUGUCAAGUGGCGCGUGCACGAACAGAGACAUAAGCAUCUCUCAGAGCAGGGACGCAACGUCGGGGAUCCCACAAUACAUGGUGCAGAUAAUCAACACAUGCGUCUCUGGUUGCGCUCCCUCCAACAUUCACUUGCACUGUGGCUGGUUUGCCUCAGCUAAGAUUGUGAAUCCAAACACCUUCAAGAGGCUCUCAUAUGACGAUUGCGUUGUGAAUCAAGGAAGGCCAUUAAAGAGAAGCCAGAUCCUACUCUUCACUUAUUCCAAUUCCUUCAUGUACCCACUCCACUUUAAAUCUGCCAAAUUCUGUUGAAAAGUAAUAACAAAUCAUGAUUCUUAAAUACCCAUUGCUCGUAUUGUCUUUUUCUUCA